AUGGCGACGCCUGAUGAGCUAUCGCGUCCUCUUUGCAGCGCCGCCCUCCUAGUCCUUCUCUGUCUACUGGAAUCCGCUGUUGGCAGAAGCGGCGGGUUCACUGCCGACCUGAUACACCGCGAUUCGCCGUCCUCUCCAUUCCACGACCCCUCCGCAACUCACUCUGACCGCAUGCGCAGUGCAGCCUGGCGCUCGAUCUCUCGUGCACGUCGCGUCUGGGCCAGAGAUAGUUUGAAUAUUCAAUCCGAGAUGACCUACAGUGGUGGCGAAUACUACAUGAAGGUGUCGAUCGGGUCACCUCCCUUUGAGACGCUCGCGAUCGCCGACACGGGUAGCGACCUCUCGUGGACACAAUGCGAGCCUUGCAUUGAAUGCUACCGCCAAAAUCCGCCAAUCUUCGACCCGCGGAACUCCUCCACGUACGAAACUGUCCAAUGCCUCACGAGGUUGUGCCAGUCCUUGGACGGGGUCAGGUGUGGCGGUGACGAUGGAGGCGUGUGCAAGUACAAUUACACAUACGGCGACGGGUCCUUCACAAGUGGUGACAUGGCUGUGGAGACCUUCAGGAUGGGAACACCCCCCGGCGGCACGAUCACCGUCCCGAGGAUUGCUUUCGGAUGUGGCUACAACAACGGUGGCAUCUUCGCCGAUGCCGGCUCAGGCAUUAUCGGUCUCGGCGGCGGCCCCUUCUCGUUGAUCUCCCAAAUGGAGGGCUCCAUCGGUGGCCAAUUCGGCUACUGCCUCGUCCCUGUGUUUAGUAAAGGCACGAGCAAAAUCAGCUUCGGCAAGGACGCUGCGGUCUCUGGCCCGGGUGCCGUCUCGAUACCUCUUGUCUCAGAAAGCCCUGACACGUACUACUAUGUAAACCUAGAAGGCUUCAGCGUCGGAAAAGCAAGGUUCUCAUAUGGCGACAACUCCGUCGGAUCAGAAGCCAAGGAGUCCGAAAAAGUCGCGAACAUGAUGAUUGAUUCCGGGACGACCCUAACAUUCAUGCCGUCUCAAUUCUUCCAUAACCUGGAGAGCGCCGUGGCUGAGGCCAUCCCCUUGCCAAGAGUCCCAGACCCCCACGGCAUGCUCGACCUCUGCUACAGGAGCCCGGGAGGCGAGAUCGAUGCGCCGGUCGUGACGCUACAUUUCGCAGGCGGCGCUGAUAUGGCACUGAACACGGUCAACACGUUCGCGCAGUUCGCACAGGAUCUGGUGUGCUUCACGAUAACGCCAACGGACAGCGUGCCAAUACUCGGGAACCUCGCACAGAUGGAGUUCAAGGUUGGGUUCGACUUGCGGAAGAGGAUGGUGUCGUUCAUGGCCACGGAUUGCACAGCGCAGUGA